ACCAUUAUCUCUUGCGCUUGUUUCAAAUGGGAUAAUAAUACAGGAGGGAUCGAGCCUCGCGUGGGAGAGAUGUUUUACACUGAAUUAGAUGAAUUCUUCACACUUGGCUGCUAUAAAGAAGGUCGUUGGAAAGUGUUUUACUUAUUUGAUAAUUAAAGUCCAUUGUUUCCUCCAAAUAAGACAAGGAUGACAUCUGGAAAUCCCUGACUAUCUAUUAAAUGAAUAGAACAAGAUGGAGCCACAAGCCAAAAGAAGGAAAGAAAUGGACAAAUAUGACUCCUGGGAUGUUCUUCCAGUUCUCUCUGACAGACAGUCGCGGGACACUGAAUUGUUGUUGGCCUACGCGGCACCCAUCAUCGAGAAAAGACAAACAUCUCGCCUGGUCAAAGAGCUUUCCCUGAUCUAUCCUUUACCCGGUCUGCAACACAUAAAAAGAGUGAGGGCUUGCAAAGACAAAAGCACUUCUCAUCCAUUGGAGGUCAUUGUGUGUUUGGCCAGUGAUGUGCAGGUGAUAGACUGCAAAAGAGUCAUGCUAGCUGAUCUGCUUCACUCACAGUCUUUAGACUCCAGUGGUUUGGGAGAACCUUUCCUUGUCGAAAUACCUGCCAAUCCUCCUCUGACCAGACCGCAGUUUGAAAAAGCUAAUAAACACUGGCCCACAUCAUUCCACGAGGACAAACAAGUGACGUCUGCUCUGAGAGGCCAGUUAUUCACUGCUGAUCAGAAAGCUAAAAUGCAAAAGUACAUGACGGCAGCUGUAGAGGCUGCGAAAAUCAGCAGGAAGUUGGGAAUGGAUGCGGUGGGUGCCGUGAUUGUUGACCCAGAAUCUGAGCAGAUUGUUGCUGUGGGUCAUGACUGUAAGCAUGGCUCUCAUCCUCUCCAUCACGCUGUCAUGGUCUGUAUUGAUCUGGUGGCCUGUGGGCAAGGAGGAGGUGCCUACAGUUAUGAGAAAUAUCCAGCCUGUCAGUUUAGCAGCUCUGAGUCCUUUAGGAAUGCUUGCAAUGCUAAAGAAACCGGUCUGCCUUACAUCUGCACUGGAUAUGACCUCUACGUCACUCGAGAGCCGUGCGUGAUGUGUGCAAUGGCUUUGGUGCACUCAAGAAUCAACAGAGUGUUUUAUGGAGCGCACUCUCCAGAUGGUGCCUUGGGAACCAAGUAUAAAAUUCACUGCCAAAAAGAUUUAAAUCAUCACUUUGAAGUGUUCAAAGGUGUGAUGCUAAAUGCAUGUGAGACUUUACAUAAAAACUGAUUUUUUUUUAAUAAUUAAGAGGAAAUAUUACAUUGACAUUUAUGAUGACAUUUUAAUUGUUUUUACAUUUCUAACUACAGCCAAAUGUUUAAGACCAUAAUAAAAAGUAUAAAAAAUUGUUGUCUACCUUUAUAUUUCGUAUUCAAUUUAUCAGACCAUAAAAUCAUGUGUCUUUUAUGUGACACAUUAAUCUGCACAACAGUUUCCAACAUUAGAGUAAGAAAUGUUUCAU